GACGGAUUGUCGACUCCACACUUUGAGCGGUCCCAGCCAUAAACUGGAGCUCGUACCCGGGUUUAUGUUAGUCCGAGCAUUGGUUGAUAACCACAACGUUAUGACAUGACGAGAUAACUGAACUUUGAAUAUAUUCGUCACAAGAGCAUAGGGAAAGACACAAUGAGUGAAGGUACCGUCGAUAUGAGGAUAGACCCCGCCCGUGCAAAGACACUGGUGUCAAAUCUUCAACAUGUUUCUGGAUUGAUUUCGAGCAGAGCUCAGGGAAGAAAUGUGAGGCUAGUCGCCGUUUCCAAACUGAAGCCGGCUGCCGAUAUCUUAGCACUACAUCAAGAGAUCAACCAAGAGCACUUCGGUGAGAACUACGCCCAAGAGUUGACCGAGAAGGCGGAAGUACUGCCGAAAUUGAUCAAAUGGCAUUUCAUCGGCGGCCUACAGUCAAAUAAAUGCAAACCCCUCGCCUCCACCAUCCCCAACCUCUGGGUUGUAAGUUCAAUUGACUCCAUCAAGAAAGCAACCCAGCUGGACCUCGGCCGCGCCUCGCUUUCCCCACCCGCCACUACCCCGCUCUAUGUCCACGUGCAGGUCAACACCUCCGGCGAGGAAGCCAAGUCCGGGUGCCAGCCCGGCACCGAGACGCUCGAGCUCUGCCGGCACAUCAAGGAGAACUGCGCGAACCUGCAGCUGCUGGGCCUGAUGACAAUUGGUGCGAUUGCGCGAUCCCAGGCCACGACGCCAGAGAACGAGAACGAGGACUUUGUGGCGCUGACGAGGGAGCGGGAUGCGCUGGUGAAGGAGCUGGGGGGAGAACUGGAGCUGAGUAUGGGAAUGAGUGACGAUUUUGAGGGCGCAGUGGCCAUGGGGAGUGGGGAGGUGAGGGUGGGGAGUACGAUUUUUGGGACGAGGCCGGCAAAGGCGGAUUUCAGUGUUAAGGGGUAGAAGGGGAAUGAGAAGUCGCAAAGGGGUGUGAGGUAAUGGAAUGAAAUCUUAGAUGUGCUUGUUAAAGAAUGAUCCUUUGGAAUUGUGCAUCGAAGUUGGGCCCUGAAGGCUCCGUGGCAGAUAGAUGAGAAAAUGACAAUUAUUUCAAGC